CAUACUAUAGUCCUUUCAGAGGAAAAGAGUGCCAUCUUCCGCUCGUAUGAGGAUAUUGAUAAUGCCCCUGAAGAAAAGAAGCGCGGAAUAACUAUUAAUGCAGCCGUUGUGGAUUAUUCAACGCCAACUAGGCACUAUGCUCACACUGAUUGUCCGGGACAUGCUGAUUACAUAAAAAACAUGAUAACUGGAGCAAAUCAAAUGGAAUGUGCUAUCCUAGUUGUUGCAGCCACGGAUGGCACGAUGCCACAAACUCGUGAACACUUGCUCCUAGCUAAACAAAUUGGAAUUGAAAGGCUCGUCGUUUUUCUGAACAAAGCUGAUGCUGCAGACAGUGAAAUGCUAGAACUUGUUGAGUUAGAGGUUAGGGAUACACUCAAGCAAUAUGGUUAUGAUGAGGACACAUCAGUAAUCACAGGAUCGGCUCUGGCUGCGUUGGAGAGCCGGGAUGAAAAAAUUGGCAAGGAAAAAAUUCUUGAACUCCUUGAUGUGAUUGAUGCCGUACCCUUGCCAAAAAGAGACAAAGAUAAACCUCUAUUUUUGCCUGUCGAACAAGUUUUUUCAAUAACAGGUAGGGGGACCGUCGCUACUGGCCGUCUGGAGAGAGGCGUUGCUAAAUUACAUGACGCAGUAGAAAUUCUUGGCUAUGAUCAUUCCGUCAAGUCAAUAAUCUCGGGAAUUGAAAUGUUCCAUCAGAUGAUGGGCCAUGCUGAGGCUGGUGAUCAAGUAGGUCUUCUUCUUCGGGGAUUAAAACGAGACGAUAUUAGACGUGGGAUGAUUGUUGGAGCAGCCAAAUCCAUAAGCAUGCACAGUUUCUUUGAUUCGCAAGUAUAUAUGUUAUCCAAGAAAGAGGGAGGCCGGACAAAGCCCUUCACAAACGAUUUUCAAGUUCAAGUUUUUAGCAAGUCUUGGGAUUGUCCUGCUUAUUUUAUCCUUGCCGAGGGCAAAGAAAUGUUGAUGCCCGGUGAAGACACUUUGCUAAAAAUGCAUUUGCAAAAGAAAAUGGUAUGUUACUUUUUUAAGAUGUUUUCGAAAUCAUACGUAAUCUCCAUCGUUUCUGAUUUAUGUGUAUCUUACUGGCUAAGAAUUUGGGGGAUAUAUCUAAUUCAUUAA